AUGUUGGAGGGCGAGGCCUCCAACGUGAGACAAGCCAGCUUCUCGCAGCCAUUGUGCUGCGUUGUGCAGAUUGUACUAGUCAGACUCCUCUCUGCCGCCGGCAUACAUUUCAAUGCGGUGGUAGGCCACAGUUCGGGCGAGGUCGCCCGUGCCUUUGCGACAGGAUUCAUCAGUGCUGCCCAGGCCAUCCGGAUCGCCUACCUUCACGGCGUUGUAUCCGCCGAGCACGCAUCUUCAACAAGCGGGCAACCUGGUGCCAUGUUGGUGGCAGGCAUGUCGUAUGAAGAUGCGAAAGAGCUUUGCGAAAUGGAGGUCUUUGAAGGCCGAGUCUGUGUUGCAGCCAGCAACUCGCCCGACCGUGUGACCAUCUCCGGUGAUGCGGAUGCAAUCCAGCACGUCUGCUGGAGGAAUGCGAUUGCGCCGUUGCCCGAUGCCAACCCAACCCAGACCGGGCUUGUUUGGUAUUCAUCCGUCCAAGAGCACAACAAGGAGAUGACUGCAGAGGAUGUUACCGCCGCUUAUUGGAAGGACAACCUCAUGUCUCCGUUCCUUUUCUCUCAUGCGGUCCAGAAGGCUGCCGUAACCUGCCGUGGGCUACAAGUCGGCCUUGAAGUCGGCUGUCAUCCUGCUCUCAAGGGUCCUUGUCUUGCCGCCGUCAAGGACACCCUCGACGGAAAACAGUUGCCGUAUACCGGCUGCCUAGAAAGAGGAGCCGAUGACAUGGCCGCUUUUGCACGAGGUCUCGGAUACCUCUGGGAGCGCUUUGGAGUCCCGACCGUUAAUGCUACCGGCUUUGCAAAGGAAGUGUCGCCACAGCGACCUUUUCAAAGCCUGGCAAAGUGGAAGAACUUUGUGAGGUCCCGCGACCUCGAGUGGUUGGACGGCCACGCCCUCCAAGGACAGACCGUCUUCCCUGCCGCAGGCUGCAUCGUUAUGGCCAUGGAGGCUGCCAUGCGUGUGGCCAACGACAACAACUACGAAGUGGAGCUUCUUGGGAUUGUAGACAUGGACAUCAGCAAGGCGGUGGUAUUCCAAGACGACAACAGCUUGGUGGAGCUUAACCUCUCAGCCAGCGUGACCGGCGAGCCCGGCCAAGAUGGUAUUACUACGCAUAAGUUCUUCAUCGACUUGUGUCUCUCCAAGGAGAGUGAGAUUUUGACUUCGGCCAAGGGAGAGAUCAUCAUGGCGGUGGCUGACAAGUCAUCCUUGCCCGCCGGCGACGACGAAUCUGUCUUGCUGGCACCCGAGAAAGAGCACCCUCAAAUGAACAGGGUCAACAUCGAUUCCUUCUACAAGGAACUUGACCUGAUGGGGUAUGAGUACAGCAAAGACUUCCGUUGUCUGAAAACCAUGAGACGAGCUGACGCCAAAGCCACUGGCACCCUUGCGUUCCUCAAGUUCGUCGUCUACUUUCUAAUUAAGUCGUUCCUCCAGUCCAUGGAUGUUAUCGAGAUCGGCGCGGGCACGGGCGGCGCUACGAAGCACAUUCUGUCAAGGCCGCAGCUUGGACUCAACAGUUACACGUACACCGACAUCUCGACCGACUUCUUUCAGCAAGCUCGCGUCAAGUUCGCCGAGUUCGACACGGGAGAGCCCAUGCAAUUCGAGUCUCUCGAUAUCCGUUGGAGCCGCGCAGGAGAAGGCUUCAAGGACCACCCGUACGAUCUCAUCAUUGCAUCCAACGUCCUCCAUGCCACCCCCAAGCUCGAGGAGACCAUGACACUUGAGAUCACCCACCGUGAGCAUAGCCGACUCGGCUUUCUCUUCGGCUUGUUCCCCGACUGCCGUACUUUCGAUGGAGAUGCCAACCUGUUCCCCACGUCCGUUUUCAGCACCAUUGUCGUCGUCGGCGGCAAGUUCCCAGAGACACGACGCAUCACAGAGGAGUUGACUAGUAUCCUUCCGCAAAGAUCCGUUCAGUCUUUCACCAGUCUGAACGAGCUCGCGUCGGCGGACCAGCAGCUUAAGUCCACCUUUGUCGCCGUCAAGAACCUGCUCUUCCUCGCCAGAAAGAUGCUGUGGCUGACGGAAAGUGCCUGGAUCAACAACCCGCACCAGGCCAGCACCAUCGGCAUGUUGAGGUCAAUCGCGCGGGAGCAUCCAGAAGGCCGAUACCACGACCGGAACAAUCUGGACGGCGCCUCCGUGGCGGCCCUCUCGGAGCAAAACGCGUCCAUGGUCCAUAUCUCUCAAAACGACGUCUUUGCGGCACCGAGCAAUGUGGCCGAUAAGGCCCCUGGCGAAUUCUUGAUGUCCGUGGCGGCAACACUCAUGGGCGAAGCCGUUUCCCGUCAAGCCCAAGAUUCCGGUCCCGCGGCUUCAAUUCUCGUUUUUGAGCCGCCGAGCUUUUGCAUCAGGAUCCUGCUAGAGGAGGCCGAGCGACGGGACUUUCAGAUCUGCUUCGCCACGACAUGGUCGAGCUUCAAGAGCACCUCCUCCCCCGCCAGUUCCGCUCGAUGA